AUGGUGAAUCCAGCAGACCCUACCAAAUCCGUGCGCCCGGGUACCGCGUGUACCGAGUGCCAGCGACGGAAGCAGAAGGCAAGAAGCCCAUGCGAUCGUUCCAGUAAUAGGGAGCCGGAUCCCCUGGAUGAUGCUGGCAAACAGACCGUUAUCAAGAAUGAGGAUUUUCGGGCUUUGGGCUAUCUUCAUGAUGACCCCUGCUCUGCAAUCAAAGAAGGCGUCAAUGCUGCUGGAGUGAAUCUACCUCAAAAAACCGAAAUAAGAUCCUUGGAAAUGGAGAAUGCAUUGCGUGCGAUUCCUCCCAAACCAUACACAGAUACCGAUGCACAGCAUAAGCUUGAAUCGGAGCUCGGAGAAAGUAUCACCACGCUUUCCCGACGAUAUCAUCAUGUGGCGAAGCAGCUAAGCAGUACUAUUCCUCCGGGGAAGGGAGGAUUGACGCAGGUUCAACAAUUGUUCCUGAACGCCCACUGGUUCAAGAUUGAGGCUUCGUUUGUGGAGGCGUGGCAUGCCCUGAGUGCCGCCAUCCACGAAGCUCAAGAACUAGGCAUGCACAGGAGCUCCUCAAGAUUGAAGAUCUCCGAGUUCGAUAUAGAAAUGCGUCGGCGAGUCUGGUGCGUCCUCUAUGCUUGGGACUGCUUUGAGUUGCCUAAUCUCCGAUUGGAAAGCCCCGAGUGUGAGGAAGGAUUGCCAUCUCCGAUAACCCCAUUGGCCCUCGAGUGCCAAUUAGGCCAGAUGAUUUCCAAGAUACCCGGUGUGAUGGGAGGCAUCUUGUCUCCUUCACAAGCAGUCGCUAUUCAGCAAGAGACUGAACGAUGGUUCGCCUCCCUCCCAUCAGUUUUCAGUCUCACAAGCCCAGACACGCGGUGGGACACUGCCCAUAAUUAUAUUCUUGUAAAACGCUCCACGCUCCAUGUCAUCGGUUAUAUGGUCAUGCUCCUUCCCUUGAAACAGUGUUUGACGAAGACUAUGGAUGCAGACUCCAUCAGCAUCGAAAAAAGCCUGCAACCCAUGGCCGUGGAUUGUGCCUUGAAGCUGCUAGAGGUGUCACGCCAGCAUCUGAGUUAUCUCCCGCCGCGGAAUAUGAAUUUCCACUUUGCGCCGUUUUUGAUAUUUGAUACGGCUGCUUUCUUAUGCUCUGCGAUACUGCAUGAUCCCAGUCGGAGACUAUACCAACGAGAUAGAGUUAUCGAGGGAAUUGGGUUGGCCCUCGAGUCGCUCAGACAGAGCUCUCGUCACAGCAAAACUAGCACUCGGUGCUAUGGGAUACUCUUCAAACUCAGCAGUAGCAUGGCGUUGUCUCCUGCAGAAAAGAGAAUGGCCGGGUAUAAGUCAUCGGAAGAUUCGACAGGAGGGCCUCGCACGCCUCCCGGUAACCAACCGACCGAGUCGUCCACCAACGUCCCGGUUAUGGAUGAUUCAGUACACAUUUCACGGCAGUUUGGCACAGAAAUGUCUGGAAUGGAUGGCUUCAAUGCAUUUGCAACUCCUGAUGCGGACACUCUCGAUAGUGAGAUGGCCGGAUUGGCGGAUAUUCCUGAUCUGGACUUGGGUGAAUUGAGCCAGAUUUGGGAUUGGGACAACCUCGAUCUCGAUAUCCCCGGGCCAGUCACCUAG